CAACAACACUUGUGUAUAAAAAAUUCAAACCAAGUAGGCAACUGGCAAUGGUUGCUUCAAUUCUAUAUCUCUUCUUUAUAUAUUCAAUAAAACAUUUAGAGAAUACAAUUCCAGCCCUUUUCUCUUCAGAAGAUGGGUCAAUUGAGGAAGAAUGUUGCAAUUAUUGUUGCAAUGAUCAUGAUUGUUGUGACAAAAGCUGAAGAACACAUAGUUGGAGGAGAUAGCAUAGGGUGGACUAGUUAUCCACCUGGUGGUGCUUCUUUCUAUUCAAAUUGGGCUUCAAACCAUACUUUCAUAGUGAAUGACACCUUAGUGUUUAAAUUUGAAUCUGGGAGCCAUUCAGUGGCAGAACUUACAAAGAAUAACUACGAAAAAUGCGACGAAAAUGAGAAGAUAGAAUCCUAUGUGAUAGGACCAGCCAGAGUGACCCUUAACCGUGCUGGAAGGUUCUAUUUUUCAUGCACAUUCUCAGGACAUUGCAGCAGUGGCCAAAAGCUAAGUGUUGAAGUAGUCACUGGUAAUUUUUCUUCUGCACCAAGAAAAGCUCCUUCUAGUUCUACUCCUCCUCCUCCUCCAAGUGGCUCAUCCACUUCUGUAGCUUCUACUACCUUGUCUAUUUUCCUUACAACCAUUACCUUCAAAACUUUGUUCCAAUUUUAGAACAGUUCUUAUUGUUGUGACUUGUGAGAGAGCAAUUUGUGGCAUGUUGAGUUAUAACUUCAUAUGGAGUCAGAGUCUCAAAGAAUAGUUUGUUUGGAACAAAAUGGUCAUGGAUGAGUAGAGUUAUCAAAUAUAUAUACUACAUUUGAGUUAUUUUGUGUGACUUUAAAGUUACGGGUUCAAAAUGUAAAAACAGCUCAUCAGGUUAGGCUAUAUACAUUAUAUUCUUUGGGUGCGACCCCUUCUCGAACCCUACGUUAACAAGGUUAUUUAA